CGGCGGCGGCAGCGGCGGCGGCGGCGGUUGCCAGGAGCCCGCGUUGCCGCCUGAGCACCGUAAUAUGGCGGGGAGGAGGAGGAGGAGGCGGCGGUGGAUGGCGCUGCUCUCAGUCAGUACCAAUUGAGCAGUUUGUUUCCUGCCAAGGCCCGGAGCGAGGGGAGGAAAGCUGCCGCGGCCGUGGGAGAGCAGUGCCUGCUGUGUACAGACACUGUCCUAUGUAAUGGGGAUUCAGUGGUGAGCAAGACUGAGAAGGUACCUGUGCUUAUGGAGCUUACAUUUUGGUGGAGGAAGAAAGACAAAAACCAAGGAAAUAAACAAGAUAAUUUCAGAUAGUGUGUGAUUGUGGGAAGAUGGAAGAGUAUGAGAAGUUCUGUGAGAAAAUUCUUGCCAGAAUCCAAGAAGCAUCACUAUCCACAGAGAGCUUUCUACCUGUCCAGUCUGAAAGCAUCUCACUUAUUCGUUUCCAUGGAGUGGCUGUGCUUUCUCCACUGCUUAAUAUUGAGAAAAGAAAGGAAAUGCAACAAGAAAAGCAGAAAGCACUUGAUGUAGAAGCAAGAAAGCAGGUUAACAGGAAGAGAGCUUUACUGACACGUGUCCAGGAGAUUCUUGAAAAUGUUCAGGUUAGAAAAGCACCUAAUGCCUGUGAUUUUGAUCAGUGGGAGACUGAAACAGUUUACUCUAAUUCAGAAGUCAGAAACUUGAAUGUUCCUGCUACACUUCCAAAUAUCUUGCCAAACCCUACUGAACACUCUACUUUAGCAAAGUUUGAAAAGAUAACUGGAAUUUUGCCACUGAAUACUGAGGACCAAUUUAAAUCUAAUGGGAUAGACUUAGCUAGGGACUCAGAAGAAUUCAGUUAUCUGAAGCAAUGUGAUAGUUCAAGUAUUAGCCACGCAGAAAACGAAGCUUCUCUAAAGACCUCCUCAACAGCUGCACAAGAGCCACUUAUUUCUGGUGGUCUCUUUCCAACAAAUGAAGAACAAGAUCCAUCACUUUUGGAGGAAGUUACUCCCGAUCCCUACAUAAUGAGUCUUCAGAAGCUGAUGAAAAAGUCAAAGGAAUAUAUAGAAAGAGAGCAGUCUAGACACAGUCUGAGAAGUAGUGCAAAGAGGAGUGUUAAUGAGAGUUAUUCAGACAAAGAAAAUGAUGCUGUUAAAGUGACUGACUGUGAAAAGGAGAAGGCCCAGUUGAUGGGCAAGCACUGUGGUUCAGUUAUUCCUGACAAACCAAGCCUUAAUAAAUCAAAUGUUCUUCUCCAAGGUGCUUCCACUCAAGCAAGCAGCGUGAAUACAUCCAUUUUAGGUAGCUUUUCUAAAGUGGACAUACCUAUACCAACUGGCCAUUCCACUGUUUUAGAGCCUGAUUCUGAUUUUAAAGGCAUUCCCACUUUUGUUACUGAAAAUAAUGUUAUCAAAAGUCUUACUGGUUCAUAUGCCAAAUUACCUAGCCCAGAGCCAAGCCUAAGUCCUAAAAUGCAUCGAAGGUGUUCUAGGCCAUCAUCAGCAUGUCAUAUACUUAUAAAUAACCCAAUAAAUGCUUGUGAAUUAAGUCCUAAAGGUAAAGAACAGGCAGUAGACUUAGUUGUUCAAGAAACUGAUGAAAAAACAAAUGUACCUGAAACUGUGCCAGAGUUACCAAUUGAUUUAGCAGGAGUUUGUUCAAGCAAGGUUUAUGUCAGUAAAAAUACAUCUGAAGCCAUACAGGAAAUGGUUUUAGGUAAAUCAAAUCAGGUAUGUCAAUCUUCAGGAAGUCAAUUAGAAAAUAAAGUUAUUCAUGGACUUGCUAUCAUGGAAGGUCAGUUAACAUCUGAUGGGAGAGGACCACACAAAAUGGACAGUACAUGUACUGCAGUGGAAAGAUUGCAUGAGCCAUAUGCCACCAGUCAAUGUAUAGUGAGUCAAAACUUUGGAACUGUGAGUGGACUCAAGUCAGCCAAUGUGUUAGAGAAAAACUCCUGCAAUUUCCAAAUGGGACUGAAUAAGUCUUAUGACGUAAAAAACCCAUCUCCUUUACUGAUGCAAAACCAGAAUACCAGACAGCAUAUGGACACCCCUACAGCGUCCUGUGGAAAUGAACAAUUUUUGGAUAACAGUUUUGAGAAAGUUAAACGGAGACUUGAUUUAGAUAUUGAUAAUUUGCAAAAGGAAAACUGGCCUUAUGUCGUAACAACUGGAAUAGCUGAACAGGAAAGGCAACAUUUGCCAGAAAAAAGAUACUCUAAGGGGUCUGUCUACAUCAACAAGAAUAAAAUAUUAGAAAGUAGUUCCAAAGAAGGCGAGGAGAUAUUAAAAAGCAAGAUGUUAGCUUUCGAAGAAAUGCGGAAGAGACUAGAAGAGCAGCACGCCCAGCAGUUAUCGCUACUCAUAGCUGAGCAGGAAAGGGAACAGGAGAGACUGCAAAAGGAAAUAGAAGAACGGGAGAAAAUGUUAAAGGAGAAGAAGGUGAUUACAGCGGAAGCCUCUGAAUUGGACAUUAGCAAUGCUGUGGACUUAGAAUGGAGAAAGAUAAGUGACUCUGGUUUACUAGAAACAAUGCUGUCUCAAGUGGACUCACUCCAUACUUCAAAUUCAAAUAGUUCUGGUUUCACAAGUUCUGCCCUACAACACAGCUUUGGUUCUGCAAAUGAAGUACCAUUCUACCUCUGGGGAUCAUCAGCUAGUGGCUUGACCAAACUCUCAGUAACAAGGCCUUUUGGAAGGGCCAAAACUAAAUGGUCUCAGGUUUUCAGUCCAGAAGUACAAGCAAAAUUUAACAAAGUAACUGCAGUAGCGAAAGGAUUUCUUACUCGUAGGCUCAUGCAGACAGAUAAGCUGAAACAACUUCGACAAACUGUAAAAGAUACUAUGGAAUUCAUAAGAAGUUUUCAGUUGGAAGCACCAUUAAAGAGAGGUGUUGUUUCAGCACAAGAUGCUUCUCUUCAGGAAAGAGUGUUAGCUCAGUUGCGAGCUGCCCUGUAUGGUAUUCAUGACAUAUUCUUUGUAAUGGAUGCAGCUGAAAGAAUGUCUAUUCUACAUCAUGAUCGAGAAGUUCGCAAAGAGAAAAUGCUCAGGCAAAUGGAUAAAAUGAAAAGUCCACGAGUGGCUCUUUCAGCUGCAACACAGAAGUCUCUUGAUAGGAAGAAGUACAUGAAAGGUGCAGAAAUGGGAAUGCCAAAUAAGAAAUUUCUGGUUAAGCAAAAUCCUUCUGAAACAAGAGUCCUUCAGCCAAAUCAAGGACAGAAUGCACCUGUUCAUAGGCUACUGAGUAGACAAGGAACCCCUAAGACAUCAGUGAAGGGGGUUGUGCAAAAUAGACAGAAGUCUUCACAGAGCAGAGUGCCUAACAGAGCGCCUGUUUCAGGAGUAUAUGCAGGAAAAAUCCAAAGAAAGCGGCCAAAUGUUGCGACAACUUAAGAAGACAACAUUCAUUAGGAUAAAAAAGGGGGGAAGGGUUAGGAUCCAUAUUAUUUUCCCUGCUCACGACUUUUUAUUUAACUCGGGACUCUGUUUACACGGGCAAAGUGAUGUCAAAGGGCUGAAAAAUCAUCUGGAUAUUUUGGUCAGUCUGGCUAAUCCCAUCCCCCCCACCGAAUUUUCCUCUUAAUAUCAGUUUCGGGUGAAGACAAAUUAGUGUUUAGUAAUUGGCUCAUUUCUGUCCUUAACCUGCACAAGCAUAAGUUUGUUUUAUUACUCAGGUGUCUGCCGAGAACCUUUUUGUAAACUUAAAGGACAUUUGCGUUUAUUUCUAUAAAAUAUUGAAA